AUGAACUUUGUCAAACGUACAGUCGAUAGCCGCAAGGAGGCACGCGCUGAAAGCUCCUUGCCUUACCAUCGCAAAGAAGAAUCGCAUAAAUCAAAGGGCUCAUGGAGUCUCAAGAAGAUCCUCAGCUACAUCGAUCCACGCCGCUUUAGCAGAAAGGUCGAUGAUGACGACCGCCUAAGCGAGAGCGAAGAUGAGGGAGAAGCUCCGCGUUCUGCGCCGAUAACUCCCGCGUCCACGCUCGCACAACGCGGUGACGAGCUUUCGACACAAGCUCAGAGUUCGCAGCAAGUCCAGAAUUCGCAACAAGCCGAGAGUUCGCAACAAUCAUCCUUUCAUAUUCCUGGUUCAUUCGGCACACAAUCUCUCGCUCUGCCUGCCGCACAAGCACAAGUUCCUCUUCCACCCUUGCAAGUCUCGGUACCGCGUGUGUCAAUGCGUUUGCCUUUGCGCCAGACUGCAUCCCAGAUACUCAGCGAGCUCCAAGCCAAGGGUGAACUGAAUCCGGAGGUGAUCGAAUAUCUGAAGCGUAAGGGUGACGAGCGUCUUGGCGACAUAGAGCUCGCGGGAGUCAAGGCAAAAUCGUCGGUGGGAAAAGGGUAUAUUCCUUCGAACGCGCGGAUGCCGCCCGAGAAGGAGGAUUUGGGAUUCAAGAGCUUCGACUGGCGUAAAGCGGCUGCCGAAAAAGCUGAACGCGAGGAGAAGGAGGCCCAAGCUAGGGCCACACAAAUGCUACCGUAUAACCCCAAUGGCCCAGUCUGCAUCUUAGGAGGCCUGACCGUGGAGGAGCAAAUUCAGCAAGGCUUCUGGAAGCCACCUGAAACUUGGUAUUCAAAGAAGGCUGCGUCUGGCUCGGAAAGCAAACGAGCAGGAAAUAACGAUGGUCCGAGUAAAUCUGCUCCAUCGGUAUUAGAUUCACAGCGUUCGAUAUACGAGCGCAUGAAUAGUCUCUACGGGCUUCCUCCUGACGCGUUUCCUGAUCUGCCUCCACGACCACGUCCUGCUGGAUCGAACUUGCCGGGCGAGUCUUCGCGGUCGACUGAAGCGGCCAGAAUUGCAGCUGCGGUGCUAGCAGCGGACCAACCUGUGGGACAAUAUGUGCUCUCACCCGACGACCCCUUUGGACGUCUCAUGGGACGACAACUUCACCAAUAUCCGAACAAAUACAGAGUGAUCGCUGCCCUUCCCAAGCCCAGAACACCUAAGCAGCGAUUCAUAGAGGGACACCGAUCCGAGAAGCGUAGGCAGAGGGAAGCCGCUGAAGCCGCCGCCAAAGCUGCUGCCGAAGCAGCAGCUGGGGCACCCGCAGCCGAGGCACCUUCUGCGGAAGCGCAAGAAAGGCCUCCCACCAUGCAAGAGAUCAUCGAAAGCACUGUCCCGAAGGGUAGCAAGCGAUCAAGGCCGCCUCCGGAACUACUGACUUCCGAUCGAAACGCAGCUGCUCCGGAAGCAGACGAAAUCAUCAUUCUUACGGAAGAAGCAGAGGAGGAAGAGGACCGGCCUGCUCUCAAAAAGCGAAAGACGACUGCCGAUCGCGUUGCCAGCAGGGUUGAACGAGCAAAGUCAGUCGCGGUGACCGUGGAAGAGAUCGACAACGUUCCUGCUUCCGGCGAAGAGUUGGGCUAUAUGCAGCCUUCAGAGGUCGUCGAGCCGGAGACCUACAGCAGAAGUACUUCUCCAACCGAUGCGUCAUCCAGCGAUACGUCCGCAGGUUCGUCACAAACUUCGAAGGGCGAACCGUCGAAGGGACUCGGUUAUGCUGCGUUGAAGUCUACGGCUCCGAAAGAGCCCUCGAAACUACGGUACAGCAUCCAGGCAGAACCCGAGGAAGAAGAGAAUGAGAACGAGACGGUCAGCGCAGCCACGAGUGCUUCUCCGCUUCCUGCACUCGAAACAACACCUGCAGCGGCUGCAGAACUUACCCCUGCUCCAUCCGCGUCUCUUCCGUUCCCACCCGCCUCAUCUACGGCUACUUCGCCUGCAUCCACCCCUGCACCGAGUGAGCCUGCGGCUGCUCUCGCACCUAUCUCUGUGCCGUCCGCGAUCACCUCAGUACCAAGUACCGCUAUCGCAGCUAUUUCCGUUCCCCAAGCCGAAUCAGCACUUCCCGCACGGGAACAUCUUGACGACUCGAAGUCGGUUGCAAAGGCGUGCGCUCCAAGUGAACUACCUCAGUACCGCUUCAUACCGUUACUGCCUGAAUUGCCUCCGCUUGCGAGACUCGAUUCGAUGCAAGCUGCCACUGAUGUGGAGGAUGCUGCUUUGCCGAAGUUCGACUUCCCCGGUUCUCUUGUCGCGUCUUGCCCUCUCCCCGGAUGCUGA